UGUCCCUUUCUGCCCCCCCUCAGGUGAGGGCCCUGCCCGGACCCCGCUCCUUGGGCAGGCUCGGAGGGCGGGAAAAGGGAUUUUGGGAAGGGUGAAAGUGUAGGAAAAGAGGUUUUGGGAAGGGUCAAAAUGUGGGAAAACGGAUUUUGGGAUGGUCAUAGUAUGGGAAGAGGGGUUUUGGGAUGGUCAUAGUGUGGGAAGAGGGGUUUUGGGAAGGGUCUCAGGGGCUAGAGAAUUCCUGGGAAGGGCUGGAGGAUUCCUGAGGAAGCCAGGAAAGGAAACCUCAGAAAAGUCUGGAAUCCCCAAACUCUGGAUGAAUCACCCACACCCUGCUGACCUCAGACCUCAUUCCCAGUUCACCCCAUGAAAACAAAACCAACAAAACCCCAAACCCUAUCCAGAUCCAUUAAAAAAAAAAAUUCUUUGUUUUCCAGAGGAUUUGAGGGAUGCCCAAGAAAUUCCAGGGGGAGAACAGCAAGUCGGCGGCGGCACGCGCCCGCAGGGCCGAAGCAAAGGCGGCGGCGGAGGCGCGGCGGCAGCAGGAGCUGGAGGAUGAGCUCUGGAAGGACGAGGACAAACACGUCCUGAGGAAGGAGCAGAGGAAGGAGGAGCGGGAGAAGCGGCGCCUGGAGCAGCUGGAACGCCGGAAGGAGCUGCAGCGCCUGCUGGAGGAGGAGGAUUCCAAACUCAAAGGGAAAACUCCCAAGCAGGGAAAUCCCGGGAAAAUCACCCGGGCCCAGAUUGAGGAGAACGUCCGGAAGGAGCAGCAGCAGAAGGAAAACACUGAUGCAGCAGCAGAGAAGGAGAAAUCCCACCUGGAAUUGCCUCUGGAGGAGAACCUGAACCGGAGGCUGCCCGAGGAGGGGGCGGUGGAGGCACGGAGCAUCGAGGACGCCAUCGCUGCCCUCAGCGUGUCCCAGCCCCUGGAGCGUCACCCCGAGCGCCGUCUCCGCGCCGCCUUUGCCGCCUUCGAGGAGCUGCAGCUGCCGCGGCUCAAGCGGGACAAUCCCAACAUGCGGCUGAGCCAGCUGCGGCAGCUGCUCAAGAAGGAGUGGAUGAAAUCCCCGGAAAACCCCAUGAACCAGCGGCACAAACCCUACAACAGCCACAAAUAGGACUGCAGGGAAAAUCCUCCGUUUUUCCUUUCAUGUCUCCGUGGAUUUCGGGCCCAGCUCGAGGUCGGACUGAUGGCGCCUUCUCCUUCCUAAAAUUCCCUGGAAAAUGCAGCUCCCGGGUUGUCCUUGUCACUCCCUCCUUGGAAUUCUGGAGCUGUCACGUGGGAAAAGCUCCUGGAGUGUGACCCCAAAGAGAUUCCAGACCUGGGUCUCCCUUGGGUGUCCCUGAUCCAGCUUCCUAUGGGAUUGGGAUAUCCCUGAAAUCCCUGGUCCCCUUUCCUUUGGGAUUGGGAUAUCCCUGAAAUCCCUGGUCCCCAUUUCCUUUGGGAUUGGGAUAUCCCUGAAAUCCCUGGUCCCCUUUCCUUUGGGAUUGGGAUAUCCCUGAAAUCCCUGGUCCCCAUUUCCUUUGGGAUUGGGAUAUCCCUGAAAUCCCUGGUCCCCAUUUCCUUUGGGAUUUGGAUAUCCCUGAAAUCCCUGGUCCCCAUUUCCUUUGGGAUUUGGAUAUCCCUGAAAUCCCUGCUCUUGUUUCCUUUGAGAUUGGGAUAUUCUGGUCCUAUUUCCUUUGGGAUUGGGGCAGAGGCAUUGGGAAGAGGGAAAAUCCCUCUGGGACAAGUGGGAAAAGCCUUUCCUGGGGUUGGGAGCAGCAGUGCCAGGCAGCUCCAGGUGACAUUCCCUGGAAAAAGCAGCUCCCAGGCUGUCCCUGAGACUCCCUCCUUGGAAUUCUGAAGCCACCACACGGAAAACUCCCAGAGUGUCACUGUUGGUGUCCGUGAAGAUUCCAGACCAGGAUCCAGCCUCUGGAUUUUGGGAGUGGGAGGGUUGGGAAGAGGGAAAAUCCCUCAGGAAAGGAUGGGAAAAGCUCCCCCACACCACCUGAUUCCCACUUUUCCUGAGGGGGAGAGCAGUGCCAGGCAGCUCCAGGUGACAUUCCCGCUGUCCCCUGGGAUGCUGGAGCCCAAAAUCCACCUGGAGAAGGGAAAUUCCUGCUUUUCCCAUCCCUUUUCCCCUUCCCUGAUCCCGGGCUCAGGAGCCUUGGGAAGGGGAGGUGACAUUCCCGGCGUCCCUGUGGGAAUGCUGGAAUCCUCAGGAGUGCAAAUCCUGGUUUUUCUCCCCCUCCCCUCUCUUUUCCCCAUCCUUUGGGAAUGAAAUUCCUUCCCAGGAAUCAGCCUGGAGGUGCCACCGUGGGAUUCAUCCAGGCUCAUCCUUCUCCCUCUUUUUGGGGCUGCCCCCCAUUGGGCUGGUCUUUGUUCCUGCAUCCCAGAAUUCCCAAAUCCACCCAGGGAGGAAUGAACCCCCCCCUUCACCCCUUUGUGUGAGUUUGGUGUGUUUGAAUCGAAUUAAAAAAAAAAAAACAAAAUACAACAAAAACAAAACAACAAAAACAAAACAACAAAUCCUAUUAAAUUGGGGAGGAAUAAUUUGGGAAGGGUUUGGGGGAUUGUUUUCCUGCCUUGCUCGGUUUUAUUCCUGAAAAUGUGGAAGAUGCUGCUGGAAUUGGGGUGGGAUUCCUGCUUGGACUGGGGGAGUUCCCCUCCCUUUGGGCUGUUCCUGAGGGGGGGAAUUCCCCAUUCCCACUGCUCCUGGAAUGAGGAACCCACGGGAAUUUGUCCCCAUAUCCCCAUCCCAGGAAUUCCCCUUCCUCAAUUCCCCCAUUCCCAUUCCUGUCCCCAUUCCUCAUCCCCCAUCCCAUUACCAUUCCUAGCCCCGUUCCCAUUCCCCGUUAUUCCCAUUCCCCGUUAUUCCCAUUCCCCAUUGUUCCCAUUCCCCGUUGUUCCCAUUCCCCAUUAUUCCCAUUCCCCGUUAUUCCCAUUCCCCGUUAUUCCCAUUCCCCGU